AUGUACACACCCUCCCAUCCAACGCACCACCACCACCACCACCACCACGAUCUCUCUUGCAGUCGCGUUUUGUGGGCUGUUGUGCUGGCGUGUGGGCUGGCGGGCACCAUUUACCUCAUCAGCAGCAAGGUGAUCCUCUACCUCUCCAUGCCGACCUCUAUGCGAGUUUCCUACGACGACGCCAACACCCUGACAGCACUCCCCGCCGUCACCGUCUGCGUCAGGGAGAUGUACGACUACCACAACUUGCUCAAGCUGUGGCGGGAGGCGGGCCAGACGGGGAGGCUGCCGAAGGACGCGGACGUGCAGCUGCUGAGCGUGUCCAACCUGACGCUGGAUGAGGUGUGGCGGCGCGGCGGCUACGAACGGGAGCGACUCGUGGGCCAGUGCUUCGUGGGUCCCGGCAAGAACUGUGAGGAGCGGGGCGUGUGGCGGCCCGUCCUCACCCGCUAUGGAUACUGCCACAGCUUCUCCGGGGCCACCACUUCAGUCCCCGGCCAGCAGUUCGGUAUCUACCUCGUCCUCCGUUAUCGCGGGCACCCCUACGGCAUCCCCUUCCGUGGCUUCAUCGUGGCGGUACACGACCCCUUGCAAUCCCCCGCCGAAGCCAUAGAGGACGGCGCCACCUGUCCGCAGAAGAUCACAAAGACCGGGAAGAAGCUUGGUUGUCACCGCCUUGUUUCCGUGACUCUACAGAAAGUGCACCUGCUGCACCGAGAUUCCCGCCCGUGCCGUCAGAAGCCAGGCUAUAGCAGUAGGGUGUGUCGCGUCACCUGCCUGCAUGAGUACGUCCUACGGCACCACGGAUGCAAACUGCCGUACAUGCUGGGCAAAGGACGAGUGUGUCAGUCUGAAGAGGAGGUGAAACGCGUGUCCUCGGCCGUCUAUCAGUUGUAUGACAAGGGCCAGUUCAAUCACACCGCCGCCUGCGACUGCCCUCCCGCCUGCGACCUCAACAUCUACCGCAGCAGCACCGACACCACGUGGAACUCCCAGCGGAACUCCAUCGUGAAGGUGUUCUUGGAGGCGACUCAGAACGAGCGCGUGGUGGAGUCCUACAGCUACCCCGUCCCGGCCCUCGUCAGCCACAUAGGGGGCUUCAUGGGCCUCUUCCUCAGCGCCUCCAUCCUCACCUUCCAACAGCUGCUUGAAAUCCUCCUCCUCAACGCCUACGCCCUCGCCGUCUGGGUGCUGAAAGGCUGCAUGCUGAGCAGGAAGCGGCGGAGGCACCUCAAGCUAUUAGUGCUGCGGCAUUUUGAAAAGUGGCAAUAGGGGGAGGCAGAUGUUGCGAUGACGACUACUACUACUACUACUGCUACUCACUGAGCCGCUCGAUAGAUUGCCACUCUGUAGCCUACACCCUGGCCCAAGGAUCUUGCCGUGGCCUGCUAUUGGGCCCGUAUUCUCAGACGCUUUUAGCUCUCACAACAAAUAUUUCCAAAGGCCACAACAGAGAUUAGUCGGGUCCUCGUGAGUGUUUCGUCACGUUCAUGGUACCGCAGAAGCCUGUUCAAACUAUCACUAGGCUCAUAAAACUACCCCCAUUGGAAAUACUGUAAUGCCAGAAUUUAGUAACGACGGAAAUAUGUGUAGAAGGCAAAAAUCAGGUUUAAGUAAUUGUAAGUAUGAGCGAGUUGCCCGAGGAGUUGCGUAUGAGGAACAAUGGCGUAAAACUCAAAUGUAGGCAAGUAAAUUCAGACUGCACCAAAUUGUUCUUCAACGUUGUAGUGCGAGAAUAGAAUAAGCUCCCACCUUCAGUGGUCCAGUGUAACACGACUGACUCCUUUAAAAACAAGCUCGACCGUCACUUCCUUCAACUUGAUAUUAACUAGAGUUGAAAUGCAGCGUUUUGGAGUCAUCUGAUUAAUGUAGAAUCACUUAGGUUUAAGGACAGACCACCAAGUCUGGGCUAUGGGGUCUGUGUGGUCUGAUUUUCAAUGUAAAUCUAUGUAAAUUACAAUACCAUCACAUCUAGGAAAGUCUUAUCAAAUGUGAGUGUGUAAGCCCCGAAUAUGUGAGAAUAUGGGCAGCUGGCAGGUUAUGUAGUCUUCUAAUUAAUUAUCCACCUUGAUGAACUAAUAAAGUUUUAAUCGUAA